AUGAUUUCAGAUCUUGUUUGUUCAGGUUUUUCAUGUGAUAAUAAGACUCGGUGCAUACCAUCCGAUUGGAAGUGUGACGGUCAUGUCGAUUGUUUGGAUCAAAGUGAUGAAUCAAAUUGUGAAAAAUGCGGCAAUGACACCAUCUACUGUGGCGAGGAUAGAUGCAUGAGUUCAGUACAUGUUUGCGAUGGUGAGGUAAAUUGCCCGUACGGUCAGGAUGAACGUAAUUGUGUCCGUCUUAGCGGACGAAAUGGUGAUAUAGGCAAAGGUAUAUUGGAAAUUUACAAAGUGAGCUUAAAGAAAUGGGUGCCAGCAUGUGUGGAGAAUUGGCAUCAAACCACGUCGCCCACCAUGGUGUGCUCGUUGCUUGGUUACAGUUCAGUGAAUUCCAGCCGAGUUGCGAUGCGUUUAACAAAUCAAACGAUCACACCAUCGUCCAUCAAUGCCAAAGAGUCACACAUCAUUGCCCGAAUGUAUCAGCGGAAAAAAACCAAUUUGAUCAAAGAAUUUGGCAGUUGUACGUCAAAUGAAAAUCAUGCAGUGCUCGAUUUAACAUGUACAAACUAUGAGUGUGGACGGGUGCGAAAUCGACCGGUACGAGCUCGAACACGAAUUGUUGGCGGUUCCGAAUCAUCACCAGGUGAUUGGCCAUUUUUGGCUGCUAUUCUAGGCGGACCCGAAGAAGUUUUCUAUUGUGCUGGCGUUUUGAUUGCCGAUCAAUGGGUGCUCACCGCUUCGCAUUGCAUUGGAAAUAAGUCAUUGCACAGCAUAAACAGCUGGACGAUUCAAUUGGGUAUAACACGUCGAAACUCGCACACAUACUACGGGCAGAAAGUGAAGGUGCAACGUGUGCUACCGCAUCCACAAUACAAUUUGGAUGUAAUGCACGACAAUGACAUAGCAUUGUUUCAGUUGGCAACACGAGUGGCAUUUCAUGAGCAUUUGUUACCGGCAUGUCUGCCACCGCCUCAUAAGAGAAUCAAACCGGGAACCAUGUGCACGGUGAUUGGAUGGGGCAAAAAAGAGGAUGAAAAACCAAGUACAUCGUAUGAGCCGACGGUGAAUGAAGUCAAUGUUCCUGUAUUGAAUCGUGAUUUGUGCAACGAAUGGUUGGUGCAUUUAAAUGUGACCGAUGGCAUGAUAUGUGCGGGAUACUCGGAAGGCGGUAAAGAUGCGUGUCAAGGAGACUCGGGCGGUCCAUUGUUGUGUCGUGAUUCAAACGAUCGUGAACGAUAUUGGGUGGCUGGCAUUGUAUCGUGGGGCGUUAAAUGUGCCAAUCCAAAAUUGCCCGGCGUUUAUGCAAAUGUCCCCAAGUAUAUACCAUGGAUCAUGGAAAAUAUCCACAAUUAUUCCAAUGUUCCCAUUGAAUAUCCACGUUCAACUAACAGCAACAGCAACAACAAUCGCAAAACGAACAAAUCAUUCCAACGACAGCAUCGACAGCGGAGUUAAAAGUUCAAAUUUAGAGAAGAAUGAAUCAAAAAUGUUCAAUAUUUAAAAAAAAAAAAAAAAAAAGAAGAGAAGAGUUCAAGAGAUUUAAUUUUAUGAAAGGAAACAAAUUCAAUCGAAUUGCAACUAAAGACAAUAAUGAAUGAAUGAAUCUAGUGCUGUUUCGAUUUCCAUUUUUGUAUUUAAAAAAGAAGAAAAACAAACAAACAAAUUUUAUUGAUAAUAAGAAUGUGUUCUUAGCGGAACGAGAUUUUAUUUUUUCUGAUUCUUUUAUAUGCAUUCAAUUUGAGCGCUUUGCUCAAUCGCCGUACGCAAACAAAAAAAGGAUAAUUCUUAUAACGAAUGACAAUAAUCUUGAUGAAAUAAGUCACUUAUAAAAAAAUAUAUAUAAAUCAAAUUGAUAUCCACAUGAUGAUUGAAAACGCAGACAAUAAUACAAAAAAAAAAAAUAUGCAAAGAAAAAGAGAAAGAGAGAGAUAAAAUCAAGAGAGAAAACUAAUUGAACAAAUAAGAAGAAAAACAAAACAUAUUUAUGUAUUUUUAGAUAAGACAUUUUUUGUGACACGUUUUUUUAAGAUGACAAUAUAUAUACAAACAUGUGAGGUAGACAAUAAGACAAAGCAGUGUGUACAUACACCGGAGCGUAUCAUAUCAAUCAAGAGAUGAGCUCUCCAUACUCUCUCUCUCUCUCUCUCUCUCUCUCUCUCUGUCUCUAGCUCACUCACUCAUUCACUCUCUUUCACUAUAUCAGUUUCACUCGAGCGUGCAAAAUCAAUCCAAGUGGAUUUUAUCAAUGAAAAGUGUUUGAAAAAAAAAAUGAAAAUGCAGAAUAAAGCUUGUAGACAAUAAAAUCUAAGAAAUUGACAAAAAGGCUUAUGAUUAACUUAUAGAGUUAUUUAUAAUUAAAAUUGAAAAUGAAGAGAGAAAAAACCACAACAAAAAUUGAAUUCCAAUGAUGAUUUACCAGUGGUGAACUUUAACCACACACUCUUUAUCUCAUUCACACGCAACAAAGUCAUACACACAAGCGUGUUUUGAACCAUAGCGUAAUAUAUUUUAUACAGAGGAAAUAUUCGUAGAUUUAGUCAAGUCUCUCUAUUCAUGUAUAGCUUAAAAGUGAGACGGUGGCGAUCCAACUGUGUGCAAACACAGAAACAAAAUGUCUUUUGUGAAAUGAUUUUCUAUGGCUUUGAAAAAGGUCAAUGACCUAUUCGAUGAGUAUCCUCUGUUGCAGAGGAUUCCGUAUGGAAUGUUAACAACUUUUCCAAUCAUGUGUUUCGGGCAUAUUCACAACAAUUCGAUAAAGUGGACUAAAAUUCCAGGAUAAAACCAGACAUAAUACUAUAUUCAAUCGUCCUCUCCAAUCAUCUUCCAUUCUCAAGGCCAAUUAUUAGCCCAACAAAUACACCACUUCGACCUUCACAUUCAAUGGAUGAAAUACUUUAAUAUUUUUGUUUUUGGUUCAAUUCAGUUGUUGUCAUCCAAGCUACCGACCGGGAAAGAAAUUUGGUUUUAUUUGAUUAUUGGCCAAUGUUUAUAACGAACAUUCCACCUAGGGGCGAGACACGUGGAAUAGGAAUAGCCAUUUAGCUCGAAAAUAGUGAAAUAGCGGUGGAAUAGUAAUUUGACUAAUCCACACAUAAGCGAAACACUGCAUGGAAUAGCGGGAAUAGUGAUUUGACUAAUCCGUACAUAAGCGAAACACUGCAUGGAAUAGUGGGAAUAGUGGGAAUUGCGGAAAGUCGGUUUUGAAGGAUUCCAGUUCUAGAGUAAAAAAAAACUUCUAGAAAUUUAGUUUUUAUUAUCAUUUAUUGUUACGGAUCACUGUCUGAUAAUCAUAAAAAAAAUCGUAUACUACUGGUUUCGCUGAAGGCAUUUCAAACUUAGCCUAAAACUAGGCAAAACAAAUAUAGAAGUCAACUACAAACAUUCUGGUCGACAACACAGUUUUAAAUUUUGCAAUUUGACAUUUCGUUUGACGGAAUAGUGGAAUAGCGGGAAUAGCGUUUUUAGUAUAGUGGAAUAGUGGGAAUAGUAUGUGUCUCGCCCCUAGCAU